AUGACCGCCCCUCCCUGCAACAGUCAGGGCACCUGUCAUGACCUCGCAUUCCUGCCCCAGGACCUUUUCUGGCUCGUCUUGGACUAUUUGGCCCCCACGGAUCUUGUCCGAUGCCGCCGCGUCUCACGAGCAUGGAACGAGGCGUUCAGCAACCCAGUCCACUUGGUGGCACUUUUCAAACGGCACUUCCCAUGGACGCAAGAAGUGAAGGAUCUGCAAGCUGGCUCUCCUGCCACGGGGGACGCUGUCCGCCAGGUCUUUGACCAAGUGGUCGCCCGGUAUGACCAUCUGGAGCGAGGAAAGCCCCGCUCCGUGCAAAAGUUCCGCCUGUGCGACGACUUCGGUGGUUCACGGGAACGAGAAUGGUUUCAGGUGCAGCCGUGGGAGUCGCACGCCAGUCAUCAUUCGGGCACCGUCGACCGCCAGUUCGGGGAAGCAAUGUGGACGCACGAAGAUGGGUUGCUCGUCUUCCCCCGAGCGGAACACCAGUGUCUGGUGCUUAUGGACCUGAGCAGCGACAGACAAUUCAUGGUCCCGUUUAUCAUUCAGGGCAGGGUCAUCCGCAGAGUUCGACUGCAGAAGCGUUUACUGGUAGUGGAGUGGGCGGAGCCAAAAGCCUUCCACUGGCUCAAUGACAGCGACGGCGUGCACCGGCAUUUCGCCUCGUCUUUCGAUGUGACACCGAAAGCUGACGAUGGCGGAUGGAACAUCGUCCCGCGCAAUGAGUGGAAGAUUAUGUUUCUAGGCCAUCCCCUCAGUGAACGGGAUCGGUUCUUCUCCGCGCACUCCAAUACGCACUAUGUUAUCUACAUCUGGCAGCCCAAUCGCAGCUUGUACACCGCAGAUGAAGAUGCCCCGAUCGAGUCGCUGUUUGUGUGGGAUAUCUCGAAACAAUCUUCCUAUCGCCCAUCUCUGGAUCCCACAGGAACUCAGACAGGUCACGAUGUAGACCAGUCCCCGUCGAUUGUGGCUCGGUUCGGAUACCGUGAUCUUGAGUUUUUCUCAAUUCGCCAGAGGGGAUUCCCAUGUCUGCAGCGGCUAGCGGUCACUGGUGAUGGCCAGGCCGUGGAAAUCACCGAAAAUGCCCGCAUUGUUGGGGAAUCCGAUGAGCUUUGGGUUCGUCCGUUGGGUGUGCCUCAGACCGUAACUACGAGCAUUCCGUUGACUGGAAAUGGACCCCAUGACCGACGCCCUGCCGGAUGGACCACGCCAGCGUAUCGCAGUAACUGCACGUUACAACAGAUGCCUCUCUUUGAGUGGUCCCACUUGCCCGACUCGUGGUACAGCAUCAUCUCACAGGUGGCAGACCCUGGAGCCGGCCUUUUCUUUUGGCUCCAUUUCGAGGAUCUCGAAGGUGCGGAAGACCAAGAUACCAUAUACCUGACUAUUGAAACAAACAAGACGCGAGUCACUAUGGAGGCGCUGGAUCUCAGUGGCAGAGCAAAAAUAUGUGGAUGUGAUAGAUAUAUCGUAGGCGAGAGUCGGAACCGUGAAUUGGUAAUCUACAGAUUCGAUCGAUGA